AUUCAAUCCUUCCUCUUAGACCGUCUGAACCUUCCCAGUGUGCUGGUUUUGAAUAGCUGUGGGAUCAGCAGGUCAGGGGACCAGGCUGAGAUUGCUGCCUUCUGUGCUCAUGUCGUGGAGCUGGACCUGUCUCACAACAAGCUGCAGGAUUGGCAUGAGAUUAGUAAAAUUGUUUCUAACAUCCCCAACCUGGAAUUCCUCAACCUGAGCUCAAACCCGCUGGCAGGAAUGACCCUUGAGCCACGGUGGGCUGAAGCCUUCUCCAGCGUGCGACGCCUUGUCCUCAACAACACUCAGGUGUCCUGGGACACUGUGCUGCUGCUCACUCGAGAAAUACCAGAGUAAGAAGAACAGCUACCCUAAGCUGGGUGUAACUCCAAGCACACACAGCAUUGCUUUAUUUCACUUCAUCUCACUAUGACUAGCACAACACCUUCCUUAUCCAUAACUAACACUGAUAAAUCACUGAAUGCAUUUGAUGAUGGCAGUUUAACCAAAUGAUAACAAACAUAUUUUCUUACUUACUCCAUGAGCCGUGCUUCCAUGUUUU